AUGGAGAAUGCCGGCGGCGCCGCAUCUUCUUCCGGCAAAACCGUGGUGGUAGCAACAGAUGAUCAGAUGUUUGUUUUGCACAUGAUCAUGGGCAUCUACUUGGGACCUCAUCUCAAGGAUGAAAACAAGUCCGCUCUGAGAAGGAUAGCAGAAGGCAUUCAACAUUAUUCCCCUCAUCAACUUGCUGGCACAUGCUUCAGGACUGCCGAUAUAGAGAGACUCUAUUACUACGUGCUUAGAAACACACAAAACCAGUCCGUAAUUCUCCCCCUCCCUCUAUUUUACCAGUCCUUCAAUGCUGAAAAUCUAUUCCCCCCUCACUUGCACCCCCUACGCCUACACAAUAACGGGUAUCACGUCGUUGAAAACAUUGCCUUCAUCAAUGACCCUAAUGUGGAGGACUUCAUUACCCCUUCGUUCUUGGAAAAGUUCAAGAGGCUUACGGGGAUAAAACGUUUGGUGUUGGAUAACAAUGGGUACUGGGCAAGCCCCAUUCCGAUUGGGGAGGAUAAUGAUGAUGAGGAGUUAGAGAAGAAGGCUAUGAUUGUCCUUCCAACUCCCCCUUCUAAGGAGGAGUGGAGAGACAUUGUGUCUUCAACCAAAGGAGGGUACUCUAUAAGUGGAAGUGCGGCAAAUGGGCAAAUGGGACCGGUUUUAGGACUGGUAGAUAUUGGGGAAUCUGAGGACUCUUACUUAUUCCACGUGUCGCUUCCCGGAGUUAAAAGAGAUGAAAGUGAAUUUGAGUGUGCAGUUGAGGACGAUGGGACCGUAACCAUCAACGGAGUGACAACCCAUGGUGAAAAAAUUGUUCACAAAACUAUUGAGAACCAACAUCACAUUUUUGAGAUGCAAUCUCAAAACAUUUGCCCACCAGGCCAUUUCUCAAUCUCUUUCAAGCUUCCAGGUCCUGUGAAUUCUGAAAAAUUUCAAGGUAAGCUUGGUACCGAUGCAAUUCUUGAAGGACUUGUUGGGAAAGCGGAGCAAAAGGGACACUAA